AUGCUGGAUCUCGAUGAAAUUACCGAGGACAUUGGCCUCGGACGCUUUCAACUAUUGCAGCAGCUUCUGGUCAGUGGUGUGAGGCUGGCCGAUGGAGCAGAGAUUCUUAUAUCCUCGGCAGUUCUCUCCAUUCUUCAACAGGAGUGGGAGCUGUCCCCGGCACUCAAAGGUUCCAUGAUGUCUAUCAUCUUCAUCGGUGUUUUCUUCGGCAACUUGAUGGGUGGGCCGGCGGCUGAUGCCUACGGCCGGCGCCUGGCCGUGCUCCUGGCCUACGCUCGCGGCUUACAAGCUUGCAGGAUAAAGAAGCGCUCGCUCAAGCGGGCUAUGCGAAGAGCAGACAGGGAUGGCAAAGCAGCAUACCACGGUGGUAUUAUACCAAGGUGGACUCCUCCCUUUGAACCUGCAGCGCCAAAGCCACAAAUCAUGCCAUGGACGCAAACUUGGGACAGACUGACUGUUGUUCAGUGGAACUGUGGCGGACUUUCGCAGGAGCUGCAACUCGAGUGGUAUACCUGGCUCAGGCGCGACCCCAGCAUUGGAGUCUUCAUCCUGGUGGAGACGCAUUGGUCUUUCACUAAUGACUUUCAGUCUGAGGGAUGGACGCUGAUUCACAGUGGAACUUCAAAGAAAAAGGGUGCUGGGGUUCUAGUGGGCAUUCGAUCUGACCUGAUCGAUCAGCAUAGCAUGAAAUGGAAUGAACUGGAAGCAGGAAGGCUACUGCACGUCAGAUGCCACAUUCGCCGGCAGCAAUAUGAUAUCCUGGCCAUAUAUCAGCACGCCCUGGCGCGUGUAAGCGGCGAGGAGCAGGCGGAGCUGAUGACCAGACGCCGAGCAUUGUGGCGUAAGUUGGACGGAGCAAUUGCCGGGUUUCCUUUUCGGUCCUCGCUUUUAAUAGCAGGGGACUUCAACAUGGUCUUCGAGCCGCUUGCGGAAGUGGCAGGUCAUGGAAUCCGACCGGGAGGUGACACGGAGAAGCUGAAAGCAGAAAGGGCGGAAGUGAUGGAGAUCUUCAAGGCGCGCAGGCUGGUUGUUCUGAACUCGUGGAGCAAAGCGGCAAUAACGUAUCAUCAUCCGAAUGGUUCUUCACAGAUCGAUUACAUACUUGUCAGACGGCAAAGUGCGGAUAUUGAGUCGCGCAAAUGUGCCCCAGUCAGCACGCCCCUGGCUGGAUGGAGAUCGGCUGGACAUUUUCCAGUCGUGGCGUCGAUCAAGGCCAACUGGAAACCCUGGAAGCAAGGAAUUACGCUUCCUCCGGAAAGGCGAGACACGGCGCCAACAGUGGAGGAGAUCCGGGCCCAACUUCAUCCAAGCCUCCAAGGGCUGCAGAAAGCGGUGAAGCUGCAUCUGGAGGCACCAAAGAAAAGGGUGGCAAUGCCCAAGCUCCGCGAGGCCACGCGAGAUGUGGAGGCCAUAUGGGCAGCUACCUCAGGAGAGCAGUACGCCAAUGCGGAGGAUGCGGCGGGCACGGCCGAGGCUCAGGCAGUCCGCAAACGUGAAAUGAGGAAACUGGCCCGACAGAGAAAGCGGGAUGCCCUGCUGGAGACGCUGGCGCUGGUCGGAGAGGCACAGAAUGCGAGAUGUGAUGCGCUGGCGGAGCACGCCAAACAACUCUUCGCUGCUCCAAGAUAUGACCCUCCGGAGCUGCUCCCACUUCCGCACGAAUGGUUUGACGCUGAGGAUCUAGCACCCACCCUGCAACGCAUAGCGUGUGAAGCAUUGUGCUCUGAGCGCCCCUACGUGCCGGAGUUCUGGACGCGAGUGCAGUUGGCUUGGUUACCAAAGCCAGGGUACGUGGAAGACCACACGGCCAGAAUCCUGAACAUUGCGGACCAAGAGCUUCUUGGUGGCUUAAUGCUUAGCAUUAUUGACUUGAGUAAAGCUUUCGACUAUUUGGGGUACAGCGAAAUGCACACUGCGUUGCAGGACACCGGCAUGCCCGAAGAAAUAAGUCGUGUCUUAAUCCACAUACAUCAGCAGACAACUUUGCACAUAGAGCAUGGCGGUUAUGGACGCGAAGUCAAGAUGCAGCGAGGACUACGGCAAGGUUGCGGGGUAGCUCCAAUGCUUUACUCAUGCUGGACUGCCAAACUAUGCAAGGAGAUUGACAAGCAAAUUCAACUGCGAGACCAUGCCGGGACCUUACAUGCAUCAUGGACGCAAUCUCACAUGUCCAUCUUCGCAGACGACAAACAUUGUUUUUGGGAUAUCCAGUCGUGCUAUGCCUUUGAACGAGCUCUACGACAAAUCAGGAUUGUAAUCGAUGUCAUUUCGAGCUCAGGCAUGGUGAUCAACUUCCAGAAAUCAAUGGCCGUCCUCGCGCUGAAGGGCACCCAGGCGCAGCAAAUCAUCAAACGGCAUACAAAGCAAUGGAAUGGUGAUAAAUGCUUGGUGCUGCGCAGUGAGGACAAUGACAUCCGCAUUCCUAUAGUGCCAAACCUGACGUAUCUGGGGGUUGUCUUAAACUAUGGCCAGUUUGAGCAGGCCACGGCCAAAUAUCGAUGCACGCAGGCCAACGUCAGCUUCGCGCAGCUCAAGAAUGUGCUGAGGGUAAAUGGCGUCCUCAACAAGGCGCAGAGACUCAGAGUGUACAAAGCAUGUGUGUGGCCCUCCCUUCUUUAUGGCAUAAGUGCGGUAGGAGUCACUCACGCAGCCCUUCGUGCUCUACAAAGCACUGCGGCUCAGCACUUACGCAAAAUCCUGCGCGUUCAUGAGAAGGGCCACACAAACAACUCCAUCCUCGAGCAGGCGGACUUGAUUCCACUUCAGCACAUCAUACAACGCCUGGACAAACAGGCCGGGACCCUGAAGCAGGAUGUUAGCCGACAUGCAGAGCUUCGAUGUCGGGAAGAGCGUCGAUUGCAACAAAUAAUCGAGCAGGUACAGAUUCUGCAGGCGCAUGGCCCAACGCAGGCUUUGACACAGGCAGAUACGGGUUCCAUUGCCCAGAUCCCGUGCCCGGUCUGCGGAGUGUACUUCGGCACUGCGGAAGGUCAGAGCAUCGAUCAACUACUCGAGGAGAUCUACCAGGAAGAAUUACGAGAACCCAAGUCCGAGCUCAUUGCAGCCAAUGAUCUGGGAAAGGCCGCGACAGUCUCAUCUUUGCAGAUCCGAACCAUUGCCGGCAUGCAGCAGGCCAGGCAGCGCACUGGUACCAUCAAGGACUUCUUCGGGCGACGGCCAGUGCCCCAUCAAGUGCCCCCAGCAGCGCAUCGACCCUGGUAUUGUCGUCUCAGGCUGGACAAUCCCUCCUCGCUCUGCUACGCCAACGCGGGCGUCUUACUCCUGGUGCAUGGGUCAAGCCAACUCUGUAACUACCCGGAGGAGCUGAAGUUCCUUCGAGCAGUUGGGCGCAACGCAGCUGAGCGGGAUGUCACCCUGCUGCUGCCUCGGAUGCAUGGCUUACGCAAGCUAGCUCCACAAUGGGAGUUCGGCGCGGAACAGAAGGAUGCGGCUGAGCUUUUGCGUGUGAUGUUCACGCAACUUCCUGAUCUGCAGGUGGUGUGGGACACUCGCACCAACGCAGAAGAAGGAGUGCGCCUCCGGGUACAAGGCGCGCUCCCCAUACCGCUCCAGCUACCAAUGGGACGUGGCCCGAAUAAGCUUCAGGACCUGAUCCAUACCUGGAACCAGCAGGACGACUCGGUCACAGCCCUAACUGUACAAGCCCCGAUGAUAUGUUUUCAGCUGGGUCGCUAUCACAUGCAGGCCAAAAAUUUCAACGUCGUGGACCUCCCGACGCAUGUGCAGGUCCCUGUCUUUCAGGAGGACUCCAGUGUACAAUGGUGCCAGUACGACAUUGAAGGGGCAAUUAUACACCUCGGCAGGACUCCGACUGCGGGUCAUUACCGAGCCUUACUCAAGGUCGAGGGCUUAUGGUGGCUCACAGAGGAUAAGAAACCUGCAGAACAUGUCAACCUACAUGACGGGCACUGCCGGAAUGUUUAUAUCAUCUUUUUGAUAAGCAAGCUGGCGAAGAGGGAGGCACAAGCGCAGACGUUCAGUUCUGUGCCUCGUGCUGCGUAG